AUGGCGGCGAGCAGCAAAUCAGAGAGCACCUCUCAUGGCGGUGUGCUGGUGUAUAUGUUUCCUGCACCGCCCAGCGCGGAUGUCGGAAUGGAGAAUCCGUUCAGGCCAGACGGGGAACUGAGCAGAGAAGCUGACGCGAUCGUGGAAAGGAUCAGAGAAGGCAAGCCGCUUACGCCGACGGGCACCGCGGAACGAGCCGACGUUUGCGACGCUGGUGGCGUCCCGACGAGCCGGGAACCCGGCCCUGCACCGACAGCACCGCCGUGCGAAUCGGAGCAAGUAUCGCGCGUGGACGCCGCGCCGCCGUCGCUCGACUCGCCGAUCAGCAGCAAGUCGCAGUGUCUGUCGCGCACCGGAGCCAAUGGCAACUCUUCGGGCCCCAACCAGCCGACCUCAGUCGAGGUCCAGCGCUCUGUCGUGGGCUCGCCGGCCCAACAAGCCGAGCGCGUAGUGAUAAAAAAAUCCAAAACGAAGAACAAGUGCUGUGUCAUUCAAUAAUCCGCGACGAGCAACGACGGGGCAAGCACGAGGCAAGCAGGAUGGACGUGGCAAACUCGAUCCGCGGUGUGUGGCGGCGGCUGCGUUCGUCGCCGGAUGGGAAGAAAAAACUACGCGGCGGCUGCUGACCGCUGGUUAAUAUUCCUUCUGCUUUCCGUUCGGCACGCGGACGCACCGAGCCGCGGAUUUGUCGGCGCCGUCGCAAAUGCGCUUUUCUUUCUAGUGUUGUAUGGAGUGAAUUUUAUUGAGGGUUUUUUGUAUGUCGUGCGGAAAGGACGAGGAUUCGAUGACGUACUCAACGUUAAGCCGUAAGCCGCCGUUCGCAAGGCCCACUUUUCCGACGAUCCUUUUCGCAUGGCACCAAAUCUGCGCUGACACUCGGGACGGACUCCGGUUCGCAACAGUCCGGAAUCUAUCGCUUCGUACAAAGUCUUCGCAUGAACCUAACCAUAUUGCGCGGCUCUUGUCGCCUGGUUUCCUACUAUCCAAUCACCUCGUAAAUGUCCAAGGCUGUGGUUUUACCGAUCAAUUGACCCGGCAUCCGACGCGCUGGCGGGCGGGCGAAUCGUGCGUUCGGGCGCUGCGGGGAGCGACUCAUCGUUUUUUCUGAACGCGACUCUUGAGUGUAGGUUUGCGAUGAAAUGCAUUUCCAUUCGUUGCGCGAACGGCCUUGCGAGCUGGAGAGACCAAAUACGUUCUGUGUGAGGCAUGUGCCAUGGUUUUUUGUUUUUGUUUUGUUUUAAUUUUGCGUUUUGCUCUGUCAAACUCUGACUACAUUCAUUCGGCUGUUUAUUUAUCGCGGUUGCUCGUCCUCUGUCCGUUCGUAGACAAUUCGUUGCUCGUGUUCGUGAAUGAGAUACCGUAGGCGUUUCCGUCCCCCGGUCGUCGCGGGGGAAGGGGGAGUCUUGAUUGCUGAAGGGUGCGCCUGUGACGCUGGUUCCAGUGCCAACAAUUUUCCUGCGCGCGAUAUCGUUUAAGUCGAUGCAUGAACUUGCUUCAGUCACGAGAGGCGUGAUUUGAGAAAGAGCUGAGCCCGGUUGCUUUGUGGAGCUGGCCAAGCCAGCUCCGAAGGAAUGAAGUAUGUUUUCCGAUAUAACACCUAGUCACAUGGAGUUCAGCGUUGAAGUGUAGCUGCUGCUGUCGAGUGGAGCUGAAUGAACACGGUGAAACUGUGGCGAAUUCUUUUCGCGUGGUGAAACGGAGAGUUUGACGCUUCAGUCUUCUGCACUCCCGGCCUAAGGAAGGUCUCAACCUGAUUUUUGCAUCCGUUGCUGUCGCUUUUUUCCCCCCGAAUGGAAUGUAAUGUCCACUUCGUGUUUAUUGUGAUUUUGGGAGAGGAACGGAAAAGCAGCCGGGACACCGGCAAGCUUCGCGAAUGGCAGACGUUAUUCGAAUCAUAGAAAAUCGAUGCGGAAGAUUGAUUAUUUCGGAGAUUCUGCUCUAAGAGAAUAAAUUCAUUAAUGUUUCAUGA